AUGGCUAUUCGUAUGCCUCGGAUCAUUCAAGAAAAUCAAGUUCUCCGACGAACUUUGUCGAAUGGAACCCGUACACCAACAACUACGGAGGUACCAAAAGGGUAUUUCAAAGUUUAUCUCGGAGAGAAGCAAGAAAAGAAGAGAUUUGUGAUCCAUGUAUCUUUGUUAAGCCAACCAUCAUUUCAAGACAUACUACGUCAAGCAGAGGAAGAAUUUGGUUAUGACCAUCCAAUGGAUGGGCUCACAAUCACAUGUAGUGAAGACAUGUUUGUAGAUCUGGCUUGUCGGCUUGGUGUAUUUGACCUCGCUUGUCGCAUCAGCACACAAUCCCGUGUAGUAAAAACAAGUUUUUUUGUGAAAACUGAUCAAUGA